UCUAUAGAGACUCUACUUUACUCAUUUGUUUGUACAUGCAAUCUUUUAACAAUCAUCGUUGGUUAUCUACGUUUAGGGAGAGUAUAAACGACUCGGCCUACUACACUUCAACUGAAUGAAAUAGCGUUGUGAGAGGGAAAUGAUAUAACACCAACGUGUGGACGUCAGUCUUUCAUUUCCGUAGAUACGGGACGUCAUUUAUAUACAGCUAGGGGUGAAGGGUCAUCACAACGUAUAAAACGACAGCGCUCUUUAAUUCUUAUUAGAGUUUAGUCAGAUGUGUAAUUGGUAAAUUGUAAAAGAACUUGCAGUUUAACAAACUAUUGUACCGGCAGUUAUGAAUAGGGAUAACAAUACAGACGAUUCAACCAAAAUGUGUCAAAGAAAAACAACGUUAAUAACUAAGCAAAUUGUCAUUGAUGUUGUCAUUUGGUGUUUAGUUUGUGUGCCGGUGCUAGCUCUAUUUAUACAUGGAACACCAUUUAAACUGGGUUUUAGGUGUGAUGACACCAGUAUCCAGUAUCAGUAUCAUCCUGACAGUGUUUCUGUACCAGUAUUGUUAGCCGUUGGAAUCGGGGUGCCUUUAGUUACUAUGGUUUUAACGGAAUUAUGCCGCACAUUAAACAAAGGUAAUUCCGGCAGAAGGGCUUCUAAUAUGUGGUGCGCCGUGAAGGGCUUUGGGUUUUUCUUGUUCGGAACAAUGGUGGCUAAAGUCUUUACAGAAACCCUAAAAUUUUCUGCUGGACGACUCAGGCCACAUUUUAUAGACAUUUGCCGACCAGAUUUUUCGAAGAUUAACUGUAGUUUAGGGUAUAUAACAGAAUAUGAGUGUACUAACACAGAAGUUAGUGCUAAGUUGAUGAGAGAUAGUAGAUUGUCUUUCCCAUCAGGACAUGCAUCUUUUUCUUUCUUCUCAGCUGUUUUUGUCGUGUUAUAUCUUCAUCAUCGUAUGAAUGUAGAUUUUUCACAUUUACUGCGACCAACCUUACAAGCUGGUGUUAUGUUAUUGGCUGUUUGGUCAGGUGUUACCAGGGUAACAGAUAAUAAACAUUUUACAUCGGAUGUUGUUGGUGGAGCGGUACUUGGUAGUGUGUUAGCGUGGAUUACAUUCUAUAAAGUAACUUUACCAAAUCUCAAAUCCACCACAGACAAUAAAGAUAUAUCAACGUAUGCGGCUAAUUCUGAGCUAGAGCCUAGCACACCAUCACCGUUAUUGCGAAAGGAUCACUCUGUUAACAAUAUUAUUCUUAUUAGAGAUCCAAUCUUAAAGGAUAAAACCAUGGUCUAACGCACAAUACCUAUAUAUCUAUUAUAUCUCAAAUAUCAUUGAGACGAUUAAAAAUUAGAUUAUUAAAGGACAUCGGGGAUAUAAGAUAAUAUAUAGUAUAAAAAGGGAAGUUGCGUUUUGAUAUUAGCUGGCAAGGUAUUGUCUGGCGUUUAUUCAAUGUAGCGUUUCAUGGUUGUAGAUCUGUUACCCGGGACGCUUCAGUUCCUAACAGCAAACCCCGACUAUCGUUUAGUCGCAUGGACUGGCGUCGAGUUAGAUUGCGUAUUAGGCUGAUACUUGUAUCAUGGUAUCAAAUGUGUGGCGUUAGAAAUAAAUGUUGGUGAAAUAGUUUACAAUAUGGUAAUUUGUGGCGCGUUUUUGUUAAGGGUUGUUGCGUAGCAAAAGACGAACAAUACCGUAAAUUAAGGAUAACGUGCGCCUUAUUUCUGUUCAAUAAUUUUCUAGUUUUGAAAACGGAAGAUGUCGGUGGCGUUGGUUAUCCCAAGUAGGCCUACUUCUGAUGUGUAGGAACACAGCUAUUAUGAACUGGAGAAACUAACCCACACCACUGACUAUCUAGUUUUCAAAAUAAGAGAGCGUUAGACCUUCGUGUUAUUUCAAAUAGUUAUAAUACCGUGCAAUAUAUACGAACAGAAGUCAUAUAUUAUUAUACACCACGAGUAAUAAUCCUUUAUUUAUUUUAAUUACAUUUUCAUAUAGUGUCAUUCAUUUACUCAUUUAUAUACAUGUCUUAAAAUAAUUAAUAUGUAUUAACUCAUAAUUUAGUACUGUAAUGACGUAGAUAAACCGAUACCACUUUAUUACUCGCUGUAUCAUUUUUGUCCAUGUCAUAAGGGAAGUAAUGAGUCAAAAGUCUGUUUAUUGUAUUGGCUUUCAUAAUCAUUAAUACCAUUAUUUACGGUACAAAGGUACUCACGUAUUACAGUAAAGAUUGGCCUUUGGGCAUGUUAUACAGUCAGUUCAGCAAAAAGAUUAAACAUAUUUUAUAUGUUAACAGAGUGGUUAAUCCACUAAAUUCUUUCACAUUAAAAGAUUAUUGUGUCAUUGUGUCGUGUGUGAGACACGUCUUAUUCAUUUAAAACAUCUGAUAUCACGUUUUAUUUUUUAAACAUUUUUCAGGACGUUCACAUAGUUUUUGUAUUUGUACGAUGUAAUACCAUCAUGUCAAUAAAUUCAUACAAACACAUGAUAUACAUGUCAUUCUCCAUGUUACAGUAUAUUGUCGUCAGCCUUAUCCGUUCAAUUGGUCAAGAGUUUUCGAAGUUCGUCUUAGAGCUUCUUAGUCAUUAAAUAAGACUGUCGCACGAAACUUUAUAAGCAAAGUACAUGUUAGAGAUUUUGAUCCCGUGGAGGAUGCUGGUGACCAUAUGGCAACACUGGUUUUCUGUGUUUUGUAACAUUAUAACAUAGAAAAUCUUGUAUAUUAUUCAAGUCCAUCCUAAAGAUCUUAGACAAAUUUAAAGAAAGUCUGAAAAGGGUUGUUAUAUUUUGUAUAUUGUUAGAACUAUGCAUCCGAUAUAACAAAGUCAUAUAACGAUUGGAAUAAUGCGCAACAGAUAAAAUUUACUUUGAAUAUUUAACUUGAUAUUUCUUGUUGAAUAGCAAAAUAAAAUUUUAGUCAGUUCCAGGAGAUAUAUUAAUAAUUUUUGUUAUUAUUAUAAUCACUAUUUCACACAAAUCCGUAUUCUUUGUGAAUAGAAAAGUAGGAAGCUUAACCCAAUUUCAUUCAUUCAUUGUUUGUGAAUAAUUGAAAUUAUCGUUUGGUAUUCGUUAUAACUCGUAAUGCGACAUAUUUCUGUAUGUCUUUGUAUGGACAGCGCUAACCUAGUUUCAGUCUAUAGUAUAUGUAAUUUAUUUUCAAUACAAUAAUAAUGUAUAAAGAUUGUAAUAAAACCUACCAAGUUUAAAGAAUCUCAAUAAUUUAGGUAUGUCGGCUUUGCAUGAGGUAUAUUGUGAAGCAAGAGGAAGGUCUGACCAUAAUGAAUUGUAUAUAGAGUAGAAUUAGAUUAGUCAUCUGUAUAUAAAUAAAACAUAUCACAAUAAUAUGUACUUACAUUGGCACCCAAUAGUUAUUAUACCAAUCAUUUCAAUAAUAAAAUACUUUUGAUAUAA